CGGUUUAUUGAUGGCGUCAGUCAGCCAAAGAAAACAAAAGUAGAUAGAAAAGAAUAUCACGAUGAGUAACGACAAAACUAAAAGGUAGCGCAAGUUUUUAAAUGCUUGGACCAUUAACAGGCCAUGGUUAGUUGACACUGAAAAGGGCAUGAUUUGCUCCUAUUGCAAACAUACCUACGAGUACAACAGGGUCCCGUCUGUUUCUUAUAGGCUGUACAUCGUACAAACUAGACAGCAUAACAAAACACGAAAACUCAUUACAACACAAACAUGCAGUGAAGGUGAAUGAGGGAAAGAGUAAGCCAGUAGAAGAGUCUGAAGCUCGCAAGAUAAUUUCUACACUUAACAAAGAGAACUUAGAAAAGUUGGAAAAAAUGUUUCGUACAUGUCAUGCUCUCAUUAAAAACAAUAGACCCCUUAGUGAUUUUACAUGGAUAUGUGAUUUAGAUGAAAUGAAAGGAUAUGAUUUAGGAAGAACAUAUAGAAACAUUAACUCUGCCAAAGUUUUUAUUCAGUGUAUUGCUGAUGUUGAGUUUCAGAAGAUAGCUAAUCAGAUAAAAAAACACUAAGUUUUUAUCUGUAAUUGGAGACGGGUCAACUGAUUCAGCUGUGAAAGAGCAGGAGAUGUGGUUUGUUAGAGGAUGCAGAGCAGGUAUUGUGACAGUAGAUUUCAUUGGUGUUCAUUCAGCGAGUAAAGCUACUGCAGAAAAUAUUGUUCACGGUUUACAAGAGACAGUUGUCAGUAAUUUGAAGAUGGACUGGAAUGAGAUAUCGAAUAAGCUAGUUGGUUUGAGUUGUGAUGGAGCCAGUGUAAUGACAGGAUGCAAAUCUGGUGUAAGAGCUAUCCUGGAGAAAGACUGUCCAUCAAUUGUUACUAUCCAUUGUAUGGCUCUUCGGCUAGAGUUAAGCUUGAAGGAUGUUACCAAAAAAGUGAAGACAUACGAGAGAGUGAACAUUUUGUUAGCUGGACUGUAUUAUUUUUAUCACAACAGUGCUUUUAAUAGAGCAGUUCUACAGAAAACAUAUGAAGCUACAAAGUCUCAGGAUGAAAAGCUGUUAAUUCCAACGAGAGUUGGUGGAACGCGAUGGAUUGGUCAUCAGGUCACCGCCAUAACCCAUGUGAUCACAUCUUACAAAUUCAUUGUAACCCAUAUGGAACAGUUAUUAGAGACAAGAGAAAGGGUUUCAUCUGAUGCUAAAGCUAAAUCAAAAGGCUUUUUGAAACUCUUGAAGUCUAAAGUUAUUGUUGGAUUCAUGCUUUUUUUGCUGGAUGUCCUUGCACCUUUGCGUCAUCUAUCACUGAACCUCCAGGACAGGACUGCAUUAAUAUCAUGUCAGCAUGAUUCCCUGGCAAGCGCUCUUGAAGCCGUUUUGAAGAGUAAAGCAAGAAUUUGGGGAUAAGGAGUUGCGAACUCUACUUCAACAUUUUGAUUCUGUCCUGAAACAAGCUGGAGUCAAUGUUCUUGAAGCUGUAAUAGAAUGGACAAUGUUGAAAAAGGAAAUAUUAAAGAGUGAUCUUCUUAGAAGUGAUUGGGUUUUGGUACAGAGAAAAUAUGAGAACAAGUUUUCCAACAUCCUUGCAGUUAUCGACCUCAUAUUUACCAUGUCACCAAGCUCUGCAGAAGCUGAAAGGGGAUUUUCCCGAUUGAAAUGCCUAAAAACAAAUUUACGAUCUAGGCUCAACCAGACCACUCUUAAUCAUGCCCUCUCUAUCAAACUCCACUCAGAAUAUGUAAGGGACAUUGACCCAA